AGCUAUCAUAAUGUGAAAAAUAAAACUGAAGAUAAAUUAGUUGUAAUGAUUCAAAAGUUUUAUUUGUUUGAGGCAUCUAAGAAUGAAAAUAAUGUAAAUGAAAACUAUGAAGAUAAGAAUAAUAAAGAAUUAGAUGAUAAUUUAGCAAUUCCUAAUCAUUAUGUAGUAGUUCUUAUUAAUAAUAUUGUAAAUUUGCAUCAUCAAGUAUUUAAUUAA